AUGCCCGCCCCUACGACCGGAGCUGUCAGCUCCAAGAAGCGAAAGAGCGCCAAAGAAACAACUGCCCACUCUUCCAAACGCCGUGCAGUCGCAGAUAAUGAGAGCGCAGAUGCGAUGGUCGAAAUUCUGCAGCUGGAAGAGCAAAUCUCGGAGUCGCGAAAGCAUUACAACAACAUCGCCAAACUGAUUGGGAUGCUCAACGUCGAGGAGAAUGGUCGGGAACCAAAUUUGGCGGUAGCAGUGGCCCUCUGUCGGGUCUUUAGCAGAUUGGUUGCUACUGGGGAUCUUGGAGAGACAAAUCAAUCCGCGGAAAACGAGAGAAUCAUUGCCGCUUGGUUGAAGGAGCGUCUUCGAGAAUAUCAGAAGGCUCUGGCGACUAUCAUUCGUGACAGCGAUCCUUCCUCUCAGAUCACGGCCUUGACUUUGAGUAUGCGCCUCCUUCGCGAACGUGCAGCACACAUUGCCGAUGACGAUAUGCAACUGUGGACAUCCGGUUUGUUCAAAAACAUCGUCGAGUCCGUCAUCGAAGCCAGAGACGGAGAGACGGUGCGGACUGAGUUCCUCGAGAAAUUUGCGAAAGAAUACGAGGACGUGAGAUACCACAUGUUUGCGCAAAUUGCGGAAUAUGCGGAAACGAGAAGACAAUCGGAAACCAUUGAAACCCUGAUCUCCCUCCUCUCGGCCUGCGACAACGUGCCGUCCGCUGAGCACAAGUUCGAAAACUUCUACACCAAGACCAGCAAGAAGAACAAGAAACUCGUCUCGGUCAACGCCCACAAGAAACGCGCCCAGGACGCCUGGAUGGCGGUUCUCCACGGCAACAUCUCCCCCUCGCAACGAAAAACCCUUCUGCGCACCAUGGUCCACUCCAUCGAGCCCUGGUUCAAUCGCCCCGAACUGCUCAUGGACUUCCUGACGGAUUCCUACAACGUCGGCGGCGCGACGUCGCUGCUCGCCCUCUCGGGUCUCUUCUACCUCAUCCAGGAGAAGAACCUCGACUACCCCCAGUUCUACCAGAAGCUGUACUCCCUCCUCGACGCCAACCUCCUCCACUUCAAACACCGCUCCCGCUUCUUCCGUCUCAUGAACACCUUCCUCGCCUCCACCCAUCUUCCCGCCACCCUCAUCGCCAGCUUCAUCAAACGCCUCGCGCGCCUUGCCCUCAACGCCCCUCCCACCGCGGUCGUCGCCAUGGUCCCCUUCAUGUACAACCUCCUGAAGAGCCACCCCACCUGCACACUCAUGCUGCAUCGCCCGGUGCGCGACGAGACCAGGAAGGCCGAGCUCGAGGCCGAGGGCAUGGACGACCCCUUCGACGCGCAGGAACCCGACCCAACCCGCACCAACGCCCUCGAGAGCAGUCUCUGGGAGAUCGAAAGCCUUCAAUCCCACUACCACCCCAACGUGGCGGCCAUCGCGCGCAUCCUAGCCGAGCAGUUCACGAAGCAAAUGUACAACCUGGAGGACUUCCUCGAUUAUACCUACCAGGGUAUGUUGCAGGCGGAGCUGGGGUCGGGCGAUAAGCCGUUGAAGAGAAUCCCCGUGGUGGAAUACCAAAUACCGAAGCGGAUAUUCACCGAUCGGUUGCUGGAAGAAGAUGGUGGUCAGGAUACGGCCCCUGGGCAUCUGCUUAGGGGUUUGUGGGAUUUUUCGUAG